GAGUAUCGACAGAUUUGGACUAUAUAGAGAUCUAAUCGUUUGAUAGCAUCCACCAUCCACCUUCCGCCAUGGCAAUUGCCUGCACAAACCUCACCAAUGUUGUGCGUUCGGUGCAUCUGCUCAGGAUCGAUGGCUACAGCAUCACCAAAGCCAUGCGCAGCGAUUGCUGGAUAAAGUCCAGGUGGAACGUCGGCAGAUACGAGUGGGGAGUCCACCUCAAUCCUGCACUGCCGAACGACACCAUCGACCAUAGACCGUGGGUCACGCUGAGGCUCGUCUUCCUCAGCGAAGGCUGCACUACACCCAACGUGGAAGCGAGCAUGCGCUGCCGUUUGGUGGAUCCGAGGGGGACGGCCGAUCCGUCUGAAGAAAAGAGUAUCACGUGUAAGUUCAAUAAUCGUCCGAAGCGCCAGCUUGGGGUCUCAGGAGAUUGCUCGGAUCCAGCUUAUCUCAUGUCGGCACGGGAACUAGAGGCGUCGUGCUAUCUCAAGGACGACUCCUUCACCGUGCAAUGCACCGUCACGGUGCUCAAGGACUUGGCCGAAGUAACGAUCCGGGACGACGAACCAUUGCCCGUCGUGCCGUCCUCGGGCUUGCACCACCACCUCGGCGAGCUGCUGCGGAGCGGGACGGCGGCGGACGUUGAGUUUAUCGUGUCGGGCGAGUCCUUGGUUGCUCACAAGAGCAUACUGGCGGCGAGGUCCCCUGUGCUCAUGGCCGAGUUCUUUGGGCACAUGAGGGAGGCGAGCUCUCGGGUCGUCGUGAUCGAGGACAUGGAGGCGGCGGCGUUUAAGGUCAUGCUGAACUUCAUCUACACUGACACGGUGCCUGAACUUGACGGGCAGGACGAGGCGGCGACGUCGAUGGCUCAGCAUCUACUUGUGGCUGCUGACAGGUAUGGACUGGACAGUCUCAAGCUGAUUUGCAUGAACAAGCUAUUGAGUUGCAUCACCGCCGACACAGCAGUGGCAAUUUUGGUUUUGGCCGAUCAACACAACUGUUCCCAACUCAAGGCCAAGUGUGCAGAAUUCUUGUUCCACACACUACCGCAAUGCUAGAUUCUCCAGUCGCGAUGAAGGUGUACAAUGAAGCACCAUUAAGUCUAGCUACCCAUGGGGCUAAAUCUAGAAGUAACUUAUAUAGUUUUGCUAAACCAUAUCUAGAUGUGCUCUAAUUAUUGCACAUCUAACUCAUAUGUCAUUGAUUUUACGCGGGAGCUUAUACUAUCCAUCUUUUCGCUGUCGAAGUAUGUCCAUCUUCUAUUCUUUUU